CAAGACACCACAAGCACCUGCACUAUAUCGGUUAUAGCGUUGAUAAGGGGGGCAACUGAUUGGAUCUCUUCUGCAGCCCCAUGAUGUGUGAGUGUCGAGUGUUGUACUUCCUGAUGGUGCUGCUGGUCGCCCUGGAAUCAUUAUCAGCAUUGAUUGCACCGACAAGCGACGUGAACCCCAUUUGCAACACGACGACGAAGACGCUAAUACCCCACCCCACAAAGUGUGCCCAGUACUACAAUUGCAGCGCCCCAGCCAUGAAAUUUAACGCAUCAUCUUGGGGAAAAACCUACAGGAAUGUCCCUACCCGCAGCUGUACAACCCUGGAACACAGAGAUGUGAGCACUACAGCAUGGUCCAGUGCGGUAACAGAAUGGAGCCCCUGGGAAAAUGCGAGUAUCCCCGGUACGCGUGUCUUGGGUCAGUCAACUGUGGACCACCGUGUUUCGUCAACAACCCAACCUGCAGGUUCCUUCCUGACGGCCUCAACGCCUACGAAAAUCGCCCCGGCUCUUCUUACUACGUUGUAUGUGUUAAUCAGCGACUGGUCUACACUGGGACAGCGUGCGCUGCACUUAAGACGCCUGAAGCGUAACUACAACAAGCACCUGCCCGUGAACAGUUCUAGCGCUGUGAAGGAGUCUACACAAGCAAGACCAUAG